GCCGUGGCGCUAACGCCCCGAGAGGAUCUGCUGCUCCAGCGGUGCUUCCUGAAGGUCAAGGCAACGCCACAGCUGCAGAGACCCAAGCUCCGGCAGUUGCCAAGCGGAGCAGCGGUCUUCCGCAGAAUUCGCCGACAGCAGAGGACCUGCAACGUGGACUGAGCAGUGGCAUCACCUGCGUGCUGCCCGUGGAGGAGCAACACAGGGUUUACGUGGGCACCGUGGAGGGCCGCGUCAUCAUCUUCAGCACGGAGAACGAAUUCUCAGUGUUGCGGUGGGUCCACCUCGAGGAUGCAAGCCCGGUGACCUGCAUCGAUGUGGCUCCUUGGGCAGAAGGCGUAGAAGUACCCGAUGGAGAGGAGCCAGGUCUCAUGGCCGUGGGCACGCAGGACGGUGUGGCGCACAUCUAUAGCCUUGCCAAUCUUCGCCUCGCCGGAACGGUGAACAUCCCCAGGGCCUUGCCAGAAG